CCUGAUAAAAUCACAGAUGAUCCUGAUAAAAUCACAGAUGCUCCUGAUGAAAACAUUAAUGAAAUUGAUGAAGUGGAUGUGUAUUUGAUAAAAACUGAUGAUGUGAAAGUGGAUAAUGAAAGCCUAGAGGAUUCUGAUAAAAGCUCAUAUGGUGAUGCUUAUGACAACCUGGAGGAUUUUUAUAUAUAUAUGGCAUACAAAGAAAUGAAGGAUGAACUGGACAUGUUUGUGUCUGAGUUUCCCAGUAUAAAACAGGAGGCAGAAAAUUAUAUCCAACACCUUUACUCCAAGGCAGACAGAUUUGACAAGAUCCACAACAACUGUUCGAUCAUCAUUUUUUUGGUCUGUUGCAUUGGGGCAUUCUCCAGCAUCAUGACUGUACUUGGGAUUACAUUAUCACCUGUAUCUCGAGAAAUAAGCACGGUCGUCUCUUUUACUGGGAUGGGGAUAGCAGCAGCAGUCACUGCCCUUGGUAUUUUUGCAGGCAUCAUUGAUUAUUGGGCUGACUUACAAGAGAGGGAAUUUUUCAGUGAAGUUGAGGAAAAUAUAAAUGUUGAUGUCCCUGAGGAAGAUAUCCCUGAGGAAGUACCUAACCUCUUUUCUAGAUUGGUGAAAUAUAGUAAUAUCUCCAAAGAACUUGAAAAUCGCUGCAAUGUGUUCCUGGUAGGCAGAACCAAUUCAUCCUUCAUAGAAGUUCCCCACAACCUUAUGACAGGUGCACAUAUCUCCAGCAUAAACAACAAGAAAAUCAGUCAGGCUGUUCAGGGCAAAACAUUGUCCUUGACCAAAGGAGCUAAGAUAAUGGGUGCAACAUUGUCAGGAGCUUUUAUUCAGGUGUCAUGUCGGGCAAAUGCUGCAAUAACAGAGAAACUGAGGGACUAUGCUCAGGCUCUGGAAAAGAAACUCCAGCCACUCUCCAACUUAUUUGAGAAACUGAAGAAAUUCAAGAGUCAGUAG